GCCCCCGCGCCACUUCCGGGAUGGGACUUUCUCCCCGGCGGCCUCCCCGCUCUCUAUGGUCGCCAGGUGUGGUUGCCUCCGUGCUCUCUCCGCUCCCCGCCCCGCCGGCGCUGCGCAUGCGCGGCAGGCGGCCGUGCCCUAGCAACCGGAGCGUGCGGGGUAGCAACGGCGAUGGCAAAAGCAACGACUAUCAAAGAAGCUCUAGCCAAGUGGGAAGAAAAAAAUGGCCAGAAGGCUUCAGAGGCAAAAGAGGUGAAACUGUACGGCCAGAUUCCUCCUGUAGAGAGGAUGGAUGAAUCUCUCUCCACCCUUGUUAACUGCGAGAAAUUGUCAUUGUCUACAAACUGCAUUGAAAGAAUCGCCAACUUGAACAGCCUAAAAAAUUUGAGGAUUCUGUCUUUGGGAAGAAAUAACAUAAAGAACUUGAAUGGAUUGGAGGCAGUUGGAGACACGUUAGAGGAGUUGUGGAUCUCGUACAACUUCAUUGAGAAACUGAGGGGUAUCCGUGUAAUGAAGAAGCUGAAGGUUCUUUAUAUGUCAAAUAAUUUGGUGAAAGACUGGGCAGAGUUUGCGAGACUGGCAGAGCUGCCAUUACUAGAGGAUCUGGUGUUUGUAGGCAAUCCACUACAAGAGAAAUACGCCUCUGACCAGAAGAACAAUUGGAUUGAAGAAGCAACCAAACGGGUGCCCAAGCUGAAAAAGCUGGAUGGUAUCCUAGUUAUUAAACAAGAAGAAGAUGAAGAAGGAGGAGGAAACUGAUGAGACUUGCGUUCUGGGUAUUUAAUUAUUUAAGUAUCUCCAGAUUGCUCAGCACAUAGAACGUCGAUAUAAACGUUUGUUUUGAAGAAAAUCUUUGGGCAAUUUUUAGAAGACCAGCUUAUCUCCACCGUCUCUCACCCAAAGAAUUAUUUACCAAAAUUCAGGCACACCAAUUUUGUCAAGCUUAUGACAUCUUCUGCAGAGACCAGUGGAGCUGAGUUUAUCUGCUGUUUGGUUAGUAAGUAAUCUUUACCUGAAAUAAUACCUAGCUAUUCCUAAUCCCUGAUUAGUUGUGCUUGUUGUCCACUCUCGGGUUAUAAUACAACAAUUUUAGCUUGUUAGGUGCAGCUGGCCAAUGUUCGUUUGAAACACUGAAGCUAAACAAUGUUGUGUUUUAUAGAUACAUUACAGACUUUGUUAUGUUUAAUUUUCUCAUGGGAAUCCCUUAAUAUUUUAAGUAUGUGAAUUUGCCUUUUCAUCCCCUUAACUAUUAUGCCAAAUAGGCCCAGUAGUUGUGGAUGUACGCACAAAAAAGGUAUUGGGCUCAUGAUCUUUUGUUACUGGCCUUAAGUUUUGAACUGGGCUUCUUGCAUUGGAACUCGUAGCUUUGUAGCUUAGAAGGCCACGUACAAUGUGUAUGUUUGUUUAUUUUAAAGAGGCAAUGGGAAUUCUUUGCAUGGUUUCAGUGAGACUAAAAUGUCUGCUAGCUUUUUGUCUCUCAUUAAGAAAUUACUUUGAUUGGAAAAACGUAGAUUAUUAGUCUACAGCUGGUUCCUAGUUUUGUUUUGGCUCACUGAUGGACAUAAUCCUUUUCAGCUCUGGAAUUUUCCUGUAACUUAGUAGGCUAAUACUAACUCAAAUAGUGAACAAAGACCUGGGCUUGAGAUUUAAAAUUCUGGUUUUGAGAUACUCAUUUGGUUUUUUUUUUAAAGCACAGAUGUAAGCAGUGAGUGGAAUGUGUAUGUAGUUACUGAGGAAGGUGAGAUGAGAUGGGAAGCGGGCGUUGGAAAAUAAGUUUUGAAGACAUACUAAAUGUGCUAUAUUGCAGGCUAACCAGUUUUAAUAAAGCCCCCUUAUAUGACAGGUAACUAUUUUUUAGUGAAAAGUGCUAAAACAAUGAAGACGUACUCGAUUGCACUGUUGGAUGCCGAAUGUUUUUACUCCCCUUUCCUCUCUUUAGAGAAUAGAUCAAGUGAUCUAGGUAGAUUUUUUUAUUUAUUUUUUAAGUUUUUCUUCUAAUUCAUGGCAUCAUCUUUGUUUAAAUUAGAAUGGCAAGAAGCAUGCUUCCUGGUUUUAGAACAGGCAUAUAAGGGAUGGAGGCAGAAUGCCACUUUUAAUUGUUUUGUUUGUGAAGGUAUGGCAGGGGUUGAUAGCCUGGAAGUCAUGGUCAGAGAGAAAACAAUGGAAUUGGCCUAGGCGACAGUGAUACUGAUCUCAAGCUCCAGGUAUAAUUUUAGUAGAAGAUAGAAAUUGAUUAGCAAUAGAAUUCAGUGAAAAGUGUGAAGCGGAAGAUAACAAGGAAAUCAGCAUUUAGUUUCAAUAUAUUCUCUCUCAUUGGUCUUGAAGUGUUAGAAGAAUUUGUAAGCAUUCCAAGUUAAGUUGGCAAUUGCAGAUAAGAUUUGAGUUUGAUUUAGAGCCCUUUCUUAAUAGAAGGCCAGAAGAGCAAUGGCAAAUGCUGUUGACAUUCCUCAUCCAGCACAAACCAUUUCGGGACAGCAGCUCUGGCAAGCAGAAGCUGGUUCUUAGUUAACUUGAUCACUGGAUUUAUUUUACAGAUUUUGUACCCACAUGUAAUGAUAAGGAGUCAACAACGAUUUCACAUUGUCCUCUUUUAGAACUAAUCCAUGAAGUUCACUAGCAGCUACUUUUGGAAAAGUGGACGUGCUCUGAAAAUACCUAUCUUCUGGCACACGCAGCCUCUACUGACCACCUUUUGUGUUAGGGUGAUAGGGGAUUGGUACAUGCUCUUGACUACUGUAAUUAAAAUGUGUUUAUCCUGAGUCAGAGCUGGAGUGGAACAAAACCUGACUUCUGGAUAAUACUAACAAAAGGAAAAGUCAAAUUCAUGUAUGUGUGUGUGGAGAUAUUUCCAGAAUAGAAUCAUGGAGCUUGGCCAAGAAGCAAUGCAUUCAAACCUCUGUAACUGUUUUCUCCUAGUAUAAUUUCUAAUUAUGGUAUGUAGGGCUUAAUUAGCUCCUCAGAUGAAAUGAGAGGAUGGGGAGAUAGAACGUGGUCCAAUGCCAUAUAAUCCUACUGGUUGAUUUUUUUAAUAUCUAAAUGUGAUCUAAGUGUGUACAUUUAUGAAGGCAGUAUUAGAAAGAGCAAAGACUCAGACUAUUUUGGGGCAGUCUGAGAACAGAAGAGAAAGGUAAGUGUUCUAUGUGGUGACAACUGGAACAAAGCACAGCUCCCUUGUCAAGACUUGGGGGGGUGAAAGAACGAUUCCUGGCUCUUGUAGGUGACAAGGAAGGGCUGUAGGUAAUCAGGCUGGCUCCUGUAAGUGACAAACAGAGGCUGUGUGUAUGGUGAUCAGUCCAAAAGUAACUGGUGCAGGUGUUAGGUGGUGGAGCUGGGGGUAUCAUGUAGCCCACUGUCAUCAGCUCUUUUAACGGAUUAACAGCACAAAUGCUCUAGCUCUUAGUUUGGGCUGCAGUAUAAAUACCACACACACACACACACAAAUCAUUAUUGAAGGAACAAGGUAUCCAGAAUCAGCACCAUUGUAACAGCAGUAAGGUACGUUUACAAACUUUCCUCUACUGUUCACCCUUCAUGCUGCAGUAUCUUAGCAUAUAAAUUAAAACCCUUCUGAAGUUUCAGCUUAAUGUUGCUGUGCCUGAUGAAUUGCGGUUAUUGUCAAGAACAAAGCUAAACCCCAUUAACUUUCUCCUCCAGAAUAAGAAAAGUUUUCAUGAAUUUUUAAAAUUUGCACUUUAAAAUUAUGCACUGGAUGUGGUGGAAGAUGUACGCAGAUGACAGAAUUACAGCAGCAGAUUUGCAUACUAAUGGUGCUGCUGCACUGUGUCAUUUAUAAGCUAACAGAUGAUCAGACUGCAUGCCCCUGAGGCGUGGCUGAGUAGGAUGUUGAAGGACUUGUCUUUCUGUAUUAUUCUUUGCGCUUCCAUAUCUCACCACAUCCAUUAAAGUCCUAAGCACAUUAUUAGUCAUGGAUGAAAAGAGCACCCAUGUAAAACUUGCAAGCCAUGUGGAAUCCUGCUUUUCCCACUGAAAUUAUGGAGGAUUAGCAUCCACUUUAUUCCUUAGAAAAAUAUCUAAAAUUAAAUUAGAGAUAGGAAAUACGUAUUUUACCUACUUGUUAGCACACUGAUCUCUCUUUGAAGAGCCGAUGUAUGCGAUUAUGUUGCGAAUGGCUGGAAAGAGACCUGAGAACCACACCUGAGAACCAGCAAAUGACUCAGGUUACACUAGAAGUAGACUCAUCUAGAAAAAUCUUCAAGCAAGAGAGCACUUUUAACAUCUACUUUUGAUUACCUUUUGUAUACAGUAAUUUUGUAGCAUGACCAAACUGUUAAAAUUGCUGUGUUUAAAUUAUUUAGGCCUAUGUUUAUAAAUGAUCUUCUGUGAAACUUGUUUAAAAAUAAUAGAAUGUUAUUUUAUACAAAAAACUUUGGCUGUUGUGUAAUGGAAUAGUUCAACUUCUGGAGAGCUUUCAGAAAUUAAAUGUUGUUCUUAUUAAAAACUUUCCUAGCUGCUCAGGGAGCAAUUUAGUUUGUAAGUGCUGUCCCUUAUUGCCUCUAUAUUUUAGAAUAGAAAAUAACUUAGACUUCAAAAGCAUUGAUAUAUUGUGAUUGUUGUCAUCUGAUACAUAAAUAUUUUUCAAUCUUUUAAGAAAGACAUUGGUUGUCAGAUUUGUUGUUAGGUACUAAGAAAAAAUGUUUACCUUUAUAUAGGGAAAAAAGGCCAUUUUAUGUUAAAUAAAGGGUAAGUCUUACUUCAACACAAAAUUGCUAAUUCACUUUGAAUUUAAGCUGUGAAUAGCAUUAUACAAUCAACUGCAUUCAGCCAGGACAACUGCUCUGUAAUAAACUUCUGUAACAGAAACUUUAGCCUUCAAUAAGCAGCAUUACUGAAAUAUAGUUUCAGAACUCACCUAUAAAAGAAAAAGCUUUCUACCCUGCAGUCCACAGCAGUCUCAAUAAUGACAAGAAUAUCAUCCUGCAACAACAGCUGUAAUUCUAUUUAAAAACAAAACAUAUAGGGGAUUACUGCAAAAUUCCUCACAAUGCCACUACCUCAAAAUGCAUUUAAGCUUGCUAAUCAGUGAAGCGCUUCAUAAGGUCUUUUUAUGCAGUUGAAAUGACUUCUGUAAGCUUGCCCUUGGAUCUACCAGUUAAAAAAGAAAACCAAACUGCCCAAGACGCGUGGCUUUUUGCAUUAUCCAAACUUAAGUUUACAUGGCUUCACAGUUCUAGUACAAAGUAGUCAGCCUGAGACACUUUUGGCAGUUGGCUUUGCCAGUGAGGCCAACACGCAAAAUGCUACUUACUUCCCCAAAUGCUAUUGCUGAUUAAUAUCCACGUUUGCAGGAGUAAAUUAAAGCAAGGGCUCUUACCCUGAGCUGAAAAAAAAAAAGUCUUCAGCUAAAUCUUUCUUCUGUCAGCUUUGUCAGUCUUGGAACGUAAAUUUGUCAGCAUAAAUGAACGAAAACAAAAGUAAUUAUUUGCAGGUGAGCCACCUUUGGUUCUACCUGAAAGCUUGUAGGAAACCAGUCAGACAUCGAUACACAUUUCUACAGUAUGCUUAAUGUAGCAAAACAUUUGUAGCUUUUAAAGACUUCAUGCCCCCAGGUGUCAGAAACAGUCGGCUAGUUAUGUAUGAACAGCCAACUACCAGAAGAAAAGGAACCUUUGCUUUGAAGACGGAAGGAAGUAUAUUAAUAUUUAAAAACCCACAGCAAGACAUCCAACUGCCAGAAGAAAUGGGAUUAGUGCUGUAUUACAAAAUCAAAAAAAAAAAAAGAUCCAGGGUAACAGACAAGUGCCUUUAAGACAGUAUUCAAUAACGUAUGUAUAUAUGUGUAUAUAUACACAUAUUAAAUCUACCAUUGGAAAAUAUGAUACAACACAAAUUACAAGUUGCCGUUGUUUCUACAACCAGCAGAUUCAACUACUAAGCAGCAGGAAAGUAUUACCUCCUUUUCCAGCGGCUCCAGAUUUACUUCAGUCCCUAUCUUCUCUCCCACCCAACAGCCAUUCAGGAAUUCAGAUUUGAUACAGGCCCCAAGUACUGACUGACUUCAUGCUGCCUUUGAAGUUGUUUCAGAGGCAGAAUUCAGCUGUCAUUUGCAGCACAGAGGUGGACUGAGGAAGCAUUCCUUGCAUAUUUCUAAGAACUCUUUCUAGACUCUUCCUGGCUUCUGAUGUCUUCAGGGAAAAUAUUGAGAAACAGCCCUGAGGGGUGCUAUGGAAAAUACGGAGAUAAACGUGAUCAGACAGCAGAAGAGCUAAAGGAACUCAUAACAGAACCCGCAACUGCUUCCUUUGUACAAACGCAUCACCGCCAAUACCCACCCCGAGCCCCGCAGCCACAUCAACAAAAAAAUUCAGCUGUGAAACUAUUUUUUAAACCUCAUUUAAUAAAAGGUUUUUUAG